GUUGCUGGGCGUUGACUGUUUUUAAGAGAUCCGUUAUUCAUAUUCAGAGGCAUUUGUAUGGAAACUGUGGCUUUGGACUGUCCUCAGAUCAGCAGAUACUUCACUAUUGAUCCGCAGCGGACUUUGGACUGGCAAACACAACGGUGAAGAACCGUUCACAUUGUGUGAAGAACCGAACAUGUGUGAAAUCUGAGACAGAACCACCCGAAUCAGGACUGACGGAGCCGAAGAUGAACCCGAGAUAACGGUUCGGUUGAUGAUGGAGCUCGGAAACGGGUUCACAGCGGAUCCGAAUCAAGACAACGACACAAUUACACGAGCGCAGGUAUCUCGCGCAGAUCCGGAUCCGUCCCAUAAAAGGAGGAGCUUCCCGAAAUGUCUGUUUGGCCUCAUCUUCAUCAUCAUCCUCUUCAUCUUGGCAGGAUCUUCAUGUCUUAUCUGGUACUUUCUGGAGUACAGGGUUUGGGUGACGGAGCCGCGGGUGAUCCAGCAGUACACGGCCAGUGUUUCCAUACUGAAUAAGAACUUCUCUGUGAGCCUGUCCAGUCACGAGAGCUCAGAGUUCAGAGCGGAGGCGACGUCUGUGCAGAACAUGGUUGAGAAGCUGGUCAAGUCCACAGACCUGUCCAGAUACUUCAACUUCACAGCGGUCUUCGCCUUUGGGGAGGGCAGCGUGGUGGCACACUUCUGGCUGCGCCUGUCGGUUCCCGUCAGUCACGUGGAGAAGGUGAGCGUGGCACGGCUGAACGCGAGUGUGUUCAGAGAGCUGCAGCGCUUCACUGACGCUCAGCAGAUCAGCAGCUACGAGGGUUUCCAGCUGCUGCUGCCGUCGCUCAGCAUCACCGAAACCAACCCCAAAGUUAUAGAUCUUUUUCAAGCCACUUUUGACUGUUACCGCUACACGUCGCUGCUCUCCACGGAGCCCGUGCUGCUGGAGGGGCCGAACACGCAGCGCUCCUCGUGUCUGUGGCACCUGAGGGCCCCUGCGGGGUCCCGUCUGGAGCUCAGGGUGGAGUGGCUCCUGGCGGAGUGUCGUGACCGACUGAUCAUCUACGACUCGGUCACGCCAGCAGACUCUCAUCUCAUCACCUCGCUGUACGGAUGCAGCCGGUACGAGCAGACGGUGCAGCUCUUGUCGUCUGCUAACUGGAUGACGGUGGUUUGGAAACAGGGUCUGUACAAUUACGAGGAUACGUUUUCUCUGAGCGCACGGGCCUGGCCGGACCAGGAAUGUUCCUACAGUGUUGUGUUAGAGAUGAAAGACGGCAUCCAGGGGAUUUUACGGACCCCCUUCUACCCCAGUUAUUACCCUCCCGACACCAACUGCACGUGGAUCUUCACUGUGCCGUCAGUAGAGUUCGGUCUGACUUUGUUCUUUGAAGGAUAUGAGCUGAACCGCGCGAGUUACAGCCAGACGUGCACGCAGGGCAGAUGGAGCAUCCAGAACCGCAGGUCAGUCCUGCAGACGCAUGCACCAGCGUGUGUGUCAGUGUGUGACGGCAGUGUGUUUGUGCGCAGGCUGUGCGGCGUCCGAGGUUUGCAGCCGUACGCGGAGCGGAUCUACCUGCUGUCCUCCAACGUCACCGUGUCCAUGACGUCAGAGGUUUCUCUCACCGGCCCGGGCCUGCAGGUUCACUACAGCAUCUUUAACCAGUCCGAUCCUUGUCCUGGUCAGGUGCUUUGCAACAUAAACGGUCUCUGCGUGCCGGCGUGUGACGGUAUAUCAGACUGCGCCAACGGACUAGAUGAAAGAAACUGCGUGUGUAUCGCUCAGUUCCAGUGCUCAGAGGACAGUCAGUGUGUCGACUACUAUAAAGUGUGUGACCAGCACCCGGACUGCAGUGAGGGCAGUGACGAGGACAACUGCACACAUGGUGUACCAUGUUCUGAUAUGACGUAUGUAUGUGGAGAUGGGACAUGUCUGAAGAAGCCAAACCCAGAAUGCGACUUCAUCACGGACUGUCCUGAUGAAUCUGACGAGAAAUACUGUGACUGUGGUCUGAGGCCGUUCAGCAGCCGUGUGGUGGGCGGGGCCGAUGCAGAGGAGGGGGAGUGGCCAUGGCAGGCCAGCCUGCAGAUCAGUGGGCGGCACAUAUGCGGAGGGGCUUUAGUCUCCGCCCAGUGGGUGGUGUCUGCGGCUCACUGCUUCUACGACGACAGAUUCUUCUCCCCGUCUGUGUGGACCAUCUAUCUUGGUAAACUGCGUCUCAAUGGCAACAGUCAGUCGGAGGAGGCCGUUCGAGUGUCGCACAUUCACUUGCAUCACUAUUAUGAUGAUGAGACUCACGACUAUGACGUGGCGCUGCUGCGGCUGGUGCGGCCCGUGUGGUCGAGCACUCUGGCUCAUCCGGUCUGUCUGCCGCCCGCGACGCACCAGCUGGAGGCUGACCUGCUGUGCUGGGUGACGGGAUGGGGAGCGCUGCGGGAGGGAGGGGCCGUGAGUGACGUUCUGCAGAAAGUAGACGUGCGAUUGGUCAGUGAAGAUGCAUGCGUGCGUUCGUAUGGUUACCUGAUCACUCCCAGAAUGAUUUGUGCCGGUUAUCGCAGUGGAGGGAAAGACGCCUGUCAGGGCGACUCUGGUGGUCCGCUGGUGUGUCAGGAACCGUCUGGACGCUGGUUUCUGGCCGGUGUGGUGAGCUGGGGAAGAGGCUGCGGACGGCCUGAUUAUUACGGAGUCUACACGCGCAUCACCAAACUCACCGGAUGGAUCAAGCGCCUCAUUUCUUCCUGAGAAGCACUAUCUGAACUCAUCUGGGACCAUCAGAGACCUCCAGUCUCCAAAAAACACAUCCCAGCGUUCGGUCUCUGUGCUCUAAGCUUCAUGGGAAAUGAUGAAGAUAUCAGUCAUGUGGAUGUGUAGAAUUGAGUUUAGGUUCAUAAACAUACACUCUGUUCGACUGGACUAAACAAUAUAACCUCAUUCAAUAUUAGGAUUUAUUUGUAAUGUUUAUAUGUAAUUAUUUAGACUGAAGCAGAGCUCUUAAAAUGACUGAAGGAUCUGUCAUCAUUUACUCAUAUUGUUCCAAACCUGUAAGACUUUCAUUCUUUCAUGGAAACCAAAGUGAGAAAUUCUGAAGAAUGUAACAGCGGCCUGUGGUGACGACAUGAGGGGGAAUAAAUGAGGCAGUUUUCGUUUUUGAGUUUACUUUUCCUGUAAAACUCUCUUUGUUGUUGAAAAGCAGUGCUUUAUGUAGCUGGCAAAUUGGUUAAAGGUUAAAAUGAAUGUAUAAGAAACACAAAUUCAUAUUUGCUGGAACAAAUAAAGCCUUUGUACAAAAUGUUUAAAGUAGUAAGAUCUCAAUCUAGAAUGUUUUGAGCUCUCAGAAUGACUGUCUGUGGCUCAAUACUGACACCCUGUGGUCAAGCGCAGAAUCACACAGCGCCACGCUGAAACGCAGUUAAAGGCACCAUGAAAACAAAA